UAUGCUUAUGUUAUUAUUAUUCAAAAAUGAUUUUCUUGACUAUUGAAAUAAAACCUAGGGCAAAAACAUAUUUCAUCACUUUGGAUUUGAUAAAUGCACUGCCUUGUAACUCUUUUCUUCACUUACAAAGACAGACGUUGAUAAUGGCAAAAGAAGAGCCAAACUCUGCUUCCGUUGUUUCUGAAGGAACAUCUGAGGUUCAUGAUGAUAAUGAAACGACCAAUGGGUCUGCUCCCUCAUUGCAAAAGGAGGUUGAGGAGAAAGUUGAUGGGUUGACAUUGGAUGAGCCGGCGACAGAAGCCGCAAAGAAGAAGAAAAAGAAAAAUAAGAGCAAGAAGAAAAAGGAGCCACCUCAGCAGACUGAUCCACCUUCGAUUCCUGUAGCUGAGCUUUAUCCUUCUGGAGAAUUUCCAGAAGGUGAAAUUCAACAAUACAAAGAUGAUAACUUGUGGAGGACUACGUCUGAGGAAAAGAGGGAAUUGGAGCGCCUGGAGAAACCAAUUUAUAACUCUGUUCGUCAAGCAGCAGAAGUUCAUCGUCAGGUUCGGAAAUACAUCAGGCAAAUUGCUAAGCCUGGGAUAUUAAUGACUGAUCUGUGUGAGACUCUGGAGAAUAAGGUUCGCAAAUUGAUUUCAGAGAAUGGUCUUCAGGCUGGUAUUGCAUUCCCUACAGGGUGCUCAUUAAACUGGGUUGCAGCUCAUUGGACCCCCAAUUCGGGAGAUAAAACUGUGCUUCAGUAUGAUGAUGUAAUGAAAUUGGACUUUGGAACCCAUAUUGAUGGACGUAUCGUGGACUGUGCAUUUACUGUGGCCUUCAAUCCUAUGUUCGAUCCACUGCUUGAAGCUUCACGGGAAGCCACUAAUACUGGCAUUAAGGAAGCAGGAAUUGACGUACGCCUUUGUGACGUUGGUGCUGCAAUCCAAGAGGUUAUGGAAUCCUAUGUAGUGGAAAUCAAUGGGAAGGUGUUCCAAGUUAAGAGCAUCCGGAAUCUGAAUGGGCACAGUAUCGGCCAGUAUCAAAUCCAUGCAGGAAAAUCUGUUCCGAUUGUUAAAGGAGGAGAACAAACUAAAAUGGAAGAGGGUGAAUUUUAUGCAAUUGAGACCUUUGGAUCAACAGGGAAGGGAUAUGUGAGGGAAGAUCUAGAAUGCAGCCAUUACAUGAAGAACUUUGAUAUCGGACACAUUCCACUGCGGCUACCCCGAGCAAAGCAACUGCUAGCAACAAUAAAUAAGAACUUCUCCACAUUGGCGUUCUGCAGACGUUAUCUAGACAGACUCGGUGAAACAAAAUAUCUGAUGGCAUUGAAGAACUUAUGUGAUGCUGGAAUUGUUCAGCCAUAUCCUCCACUUUGCGAUAUCAAAGGGAGCUACGUAUCUCAGUUUGAGCACACCAUUUUACUUCGUCCUACUUGCAAAGAGGUGGUAUCGAGAGGCGAUGACUAUUAAAACCAAUAGCAUAUCUCUUGCAUUGUUUUGUAUUCCGAAAUUCAGUGAAGAGAAAGCGAUGACUAUCUUGUUUCCGUAAUACUUCUCUUCGUGUACCAUCGAAUUUCUGUGAGGAAGUAUCUUUUGCAGCAAGACUGAAUGUUAUACAACAUGAUAUCGUAAGUUUUUUUAUGAAUCUAUCGAGUAUAUGAUUUCAGCCA